CAUUUUGUUUACGGAGGUAAACUAGUUCCUACAGCUGGACAGCCCGUGGCACUUCACUCGCUCUCAUUAUUAACAGCAAAAAGCUGCAAACUGUUGACAGGCUGGCGUUUAACCUUUCCUAGCGACAACCAGGCAGACGGCAGGACGUCAAACUACACCAGUUUCGAGUUAAAGUAAUGAAAGAUAAACACGUCCUCCCUUCAUGCUUACUUUCAACAAAAAAGAAGUUAUGGAUAUUUGCGACGGGAAGAAAAGGAGAAAGGUAAGCGGCGGUGUGCGGGGCUGCAGGCGGAGCGUGGCCGCGAAGAUGAAGCGCGAGGUGGGCAAAGUGCUCCGCUCCCGCACGGUGGAGGACAACAAUUACACGGAGCCUAUGGAGGAGGACGACGACGACGACUGCUUCUCCAUUAGCUUCCUCCGCAGUGACCGGCUGGAGCCCGCCGUGGUGAUGGCUCCCCGGUACAGCCUACUACGGGAGGUCGGUCGGGGCAGCUACGGUGUGGUGUACGAGGCUAUAGCCCGUAAAACAGGGGCCAGGGUGGCGGUGAAGAGGCUCCAAUGCGACGCCCCGGAAAACGUAGAGCUGGCUUUGGCCGAGUUCUGGGCCCUGACGAGCCUGGAGAACAGACACCAGAAUGUGGUCCAGCUGGAGGAGUGUGUCCUGCAGAGGAACGGCCUGGCCCAGAAGAUGAGCCACGGGAACAAGAGGUCCAAACAGUACCUGCGACUGGUGGAGACGUCACUCAAAGGGGAGCGCAUCCUGGGUUACCCAGAGGAGCCGUGUUAUCUCUGGUUUGUCAUGGAGUUCUGCGAGGGCGGGGACCUCAACCAGUACAUCUUGUCCCGCCGGCCCGACCCUCACACCAACAGGAGCUUUAUGCGCCAGUUGACGAGUGCUGUGGCUUUCCUGCACAAGAACAACAUUGUCCACCGUGACCUGAAGCCAGACAACAUCCUCAUCUCACAGAAAUCUGGUUCGCCUGUUCUCAAAGUGGCCGACUUUGGCCUCAGUAAGGUUUGUGCCGGACUAAACUCCAAGAACAGUGAAGACCUCCCUUUAGAAGGAGCAGGUGGCAGAGGCAGCGACCAGAACAACAUUGUCAACAUAAACAAGUUCUGGUUGUCGUCUGCAUGUGGCUCGGACUUUUACAUGGCCCCUGAGGUGUGGGAGGGCCACUACACAGCCAAGGCUGACAUCUUUGCCCUGGGCAUCAUCAUCUGGGCAAUGAUCGAGCGGAUCACUUUCAUCGACGCCGAGUCUAAGCGGGAACUGCUGGGCACCUACAUACGCCAGGGCACAGAAAUCGUACCUGUCGGGGAGGCUCUGUUAGAGAACCCCAAGAUGGUUCUCCACAUUCCUCAGAAGGCCAGGAGCUCCAUGUCUGACGGGGUGAAGAAACUCCUCCAGGACAUGCUCGCAGUCAACCCUCAGGACCGGCCGGACGCCAUCCAGCUGGAGGUGCGGAUGGACCAAGUCACGUGCGCUGCGUGACAGCACCCAACUUCCCAAAACCUCUCCUUUUUUAACUCUAACCAGUCAAAGAAGGGACCCCUUUCAUUCCCAGCUUUGUUUACUACAUGGACAUGGACUCCAGUGGAAAAAGGGACUCUGACAAACUGAACUGUGAAGAAUCCACAAUCAUAAUUUGAGCGGGAUGUAAACGGACUGGCUGAUGAUUCCAAAACCCCGGAUCAGGAACAGUAUGCAAAUCAGACCACAGUGCACUUCCAGCACCAUCCAGUUACAAUCAGUGUCACCACGGAGCUGAGGAUAAUGCCAGUGUCUCUGAGAGCUGACUGGAUGUAACAACCAGGUUAAUGACAUUUGUUGUUUUAUAUUUGUUGGUUAUUUGUUCCCAACAGCCCCAGUUACAGGCCUGCUCUUCCUUAACAUUUGUAAUGUACUCGGCUGUGGCACAGGUUACCCUACUGGACUAUACCAGUGUUCUAAGGUCAAAGCAUGGGCCGCCUAUCAUUCUACUGAUGAUACUAUGAACAACAGACGACACUACCAGUUUUUCCCUCCCACAAUGCCCCGUACAAUCUCGUGCCUUAAAGAUGAUUCACAGAAGUGCGAUUGGAUCUUUAAAUUAAAUGAUAUUGUGGGUAACAGAAGAAGCUCAAAUACCAAGACAGAAACCUCAUGAAUGUAGGUUUCUGACCAAUGAAAUCUUUUGCUUCCAGUGAUGUCAUACGUUGUAAACACAAACGCAGGCUGCAAUAAUGUCAAGUGAGAAUCAGAAUCAUUUCGGUGCCCUUAUCUCCCCAAAAAGAUUUUGUUUCAGUUUCAUGUUCGCCCAUGUAAAGCAAGUUUACAGGGAUAUUUCACAAAUCUGUGCCACACUCCGGAGGCAGAGGCGGAACAAAUGUGAAUAUUAUCAGUUUUAUUAUGUUGUUUUGAAGGUGUACUAUAGAAUUCACACCUUUUGAAGCAGCAGGCCUGCGUCGACUCCAUACAAUACUGUGCAUGUUUAACCAAACAAAGUCCAGCAGGGAAUUCAAAACUGGUUUUACUGGAGUUCCUGUUGAAUCCAAAUAGCACCUGUUGGACAAAUUGCGUAUAUCUGUUUAGUAUUAACAUGUUUGAUAAAUUAAUGUAUGACCAAGAAACAAUCAUGAUCAUUUGGUGGGGGGUUUUUUGUAACUUUUUACUGAAUGUUUUUUACAUUGAGAGUGGCAUUUGAGGACUCCUCUUAAAGACAUUGAAAUAACUCUUUUGUGAAUACAAUUUAUUUGAUCAAGUCAGUGCUUACAAUCUGUCAUUAAGAGAUACUGAACAUUGUUCUGUACUCUACCUUUUAAGUUUUAAGGUUUCUGACUGGUGUGAUAAUGUUUAAUGGCUUCAUUUAACGGGAACAGCCCGACACCUCAGCAGUAUUGAGCCAUCUUUGGCUGAAUCUUUCUUCAGUGUCUGAUUUGGGGACUCUUUGAAGAUUUGCCAUCUGGAAAUAAUCCCCAAAAGCAGUCAUGGAAUCCUAACUGUCCCUUCCUUCCUUCCUUCCUCCUUCCUUCCUUCCUUCCCCCUCUUUAUUGAAGUGCUUCAAACCGUUUGCAGCGGCACGUAAUGCUGUGUAAAAGACACGCAGGCAGUGGUUGGUUGUACCCUACUAUUUGUGCUGUGAGAAAGUCAUGGCUAGUUUGUGCUCUGAUUCAUGAUCCACUACAUGUGCAUCAUUAGGCUGAUCCACAGGUGAGGUGGUACUCGAAGCGACUAGGAUUUCCAGGAAGAUAGAAAUAACAAAAAGUUAAGAAAAAAGCAAACAUAGAGGAGUUAAAGCAUACAGUGGUGUAUUAUAAAACUGUAUGUUCCA